UUGAUUUAGCGUCGACCAAGAUGGCGGACCGAACGCCAGGUGCUUCGCAGAAAUCUAGCGCAAAGGCGCUACUAGAGAGCAAGUUGAAAUCCUUCAGCAUUGGCAAAACGGUCGUGCCCAAGAGGACCCUAAGCAAGAAGGAACAAGAGGAAAUAAAAAAAAAGGAGGAUGAGCGGGCAGCUGCAGAGAUCUAUGAAGAGUUCCUGGCUGCGUUCGAGGGAGGAGAGGGCAAGGUCAAGGCCUUUGUCCGGGGAGGCAUUGCUAAUGCAACUAAAGAGGAGGCUGCUUCCGAUGACAAGAAGGGCAAGCUGUAUAAACCCAAGUCUCGCUUCGAAACAACAGCAGCAGAACCAGCGAAAAGCAGCUUCCUGCCUUUGGAUACCCCUCCACAGUUUUUAACAUUAGAUAAAAAACAUACACUGAAGAAAACAACUGAAAAGGGAAAGAAGAAAAGCAACCUAGAGCUCUUUAAAGAAGAACUGAAACAAAUACAGGAGGAGAGAGAUGAAAGACACAAGAUAAAAGGCAGAGUCAGUCGAUUUGAACCUCUCUCUGGGAUGGAGGGAAAACGCUCCUCAAUGGAUGGUUCUUCAAGAAGAAACCGUCCGUCCAGUGUUCUGGAUGACUCGGCACCUGGUUCCCAUGACGUUGGAGACCCCUCUACGACUAACUUAUAUCUCGGAAACAUCAACCCACAGAUGAAUGAGGAGAUGCUGUGUCAGGAGUUUGGGCGUUAUGGCCCUCUGGCCAGCGUGAAGAUCAUGUGGCCGCGGACGGACGAGGAGAGGGCCAGGGAGAGGAACUGUGGCUUUGUUGCCUUUAUGAACCGGAGGGAUGCGGAGAGAGCUCUGAAGAACCUCAACGGGAAGAUGAUGAUGAACUUUGAGAUGAAGCUGGGCUGGGGUAAAGGUGUACCCAUCCCACCUCACCCAAUCUACAUCCCCCCGUCCAUGGUGGAGAACACCCUCCCUCCGCCCCCCUCCGGCCUGCCCUUCAACGCACAGACCCGCGAGAGGCUGAAGAACCCCAACGCCGUCAUGCUCCCUCCGCCCAAGAACAAGGAGGAAUUCGACAAGACUCUGUCCCAAGCCAUAGUCAAAGUGGUUAUCCCAACAGAAAGGAAUUUGCUCUCUCUCAUCCACCGAAUGAUCGAGUUUGUGGUGCGCGAAGGCCCCAUGUUCGAAGCCAUGAUCAUGAAUCGAGAGCUCAGCAAUCCCAUGUACCGGUUUCUGUUUGAGAACCAGAGCCCAGCACAUGUGUACUACCGCUGGAAACUCUACUCCAUACUACAGGGAGAAGCGCCAACAAAAUGGCGGACGGACGAAUACCGCAUGUUCAAGAACGGCUCGUUGUGGCGCCCUCCUCCCCUCAACCCCUACCUACACGGCAACUUUGAAGAGGGGGAGGAGCCAGAGGAGGAAGAGGAGGAGCCUGGGAAGAAAGGAUGCUUAAAAGAGGA